AUGAAAACAUUCCAAAACAAACCUUGCCUGCCCAUUCUCUUCUUCCUUGCCCUAACAACCCUACAAGGUAUAUGUCUAGGGCAAAACUCACCACAAGACUUCCUCAAUGCUCACAAUAGUGCUCGGGCUCAAGUCGGUGUGGGACCCAUGACGUGGGACCAAAGCGCGGCAAAUUUUGCACGAGGCUACGUGAACUCUAAGCUCAGAGACUGCAACAUGGUCCACUCUGGCAAUAGGCAAUACGGGGAGAACCUUGCCAAGGGCUCGGGCGAUUUCACCGGCCGUGCAGCUGUGGACUUGUGGGUGAGUGAGAAGGCUAACUAUAACUACCACUCCAACUCAUGUGCUGGAGGCCGGGUGUGCGGCCACUACACUCAGGUGGUGUGGCGCAACUCCAACCGACUAGGCUGCGCUAGGGCUCGGUGCAACAAUGGCUGGUGGCUCGUUUCGUGCAACUACGCCCCACCGGGCAACUACAUCGGACAACGUCCGUAUUGAACGGACACAUCUUAAUUAAUCAAUAGGGUCAAUGUUAAAUUACAAUAGUAGUACUAAUUAAAUAAGUGGCCCUUUGUUUCAAUUAUGUUAUUUUGUAAG